CUCGGUAUCUCCCUUAGAAAAUACCAUUAUACCUGUUUACACAAUCUAAAUUUGUCUACCAAAGUCCAUUUAAUGUACUUUUAUUUCAAUCCAACUCGUGCUAACCUUACGCUUUUUCUAUCAAGCAGUCUGUCUCAGACUUAUUUAUCGGUAAUUGCGUCUUUUUCAAUUCCAGCCUAGUAUUUAAAUAAGGCGCAAUCGCCAAUAUUUCUCAAAAAAAUUAUUCACCCACACCAUCCACACUUUAUUGUACCAACACUACAUUAAGUUGAUCUAUAAAUUAUAUUUUUCUUUAGUGUUUAUUUACAAUAACUGCGCGAGGGUCUCCAGAUAUUUGUCCGACAAAUAAAACAACCUGUAUACAAUACUAACAGAAAUCGCCAAAUAAUAUAUUUUUUAUUUAUACGUACCUAUUUUUUAAGAUCACCUUAGACAAAAAUGCCUGGAAUCCAGAUAGAUAACGAUUUCAACAUUCAUAUUGCCAGUGAGGAGGAAUACACAGAGGCUAAGGCUCUCCGCGCACAUGUCUUCCGCGAAGUGCUAAAACUAAACCUCAGCGAAGAGCACGACAUGGAUACAGCCUAUACUUGCAAUAUUGUCAUGAUACAUGCAAACCGGGUCGUGGGCAACCUUAGAAUUUACGAUGGCUACGAAUCCAUUUUGCUAGGUCGCAUAGUCGUUGACCCUAUUUUUGGAGGCAGAGGCUUGGGGAAAAAGCUCGUCGACUACGCUGUAGAUUACAUAAAGAAUAACGGCAAGUACAAGUGCUUUAAUCAUGUAAACUUGUGGAGUCGAUUUGAAACCAAAGUGUUUUACGAGAAAUGCGGAUUUUACAACAAGGGAGAGACAAAGGAUUUUGGCGAAAUCAGAACCCUGUGGAUGUACAGGGACUUGUGAAAGUAUAAAUUUGUUUAAUAAAUGUAUUAUUUUUU